AUGGCGAGGAGGAGGGAAUUAUCUAAUCUUAUGGGAUUUAUGGAGGUCAAAGAAUUCAAUUACUUGGGCAUUAAAAUGACUUUAAGGAGACUUGUUAUAGCUGAUUUUUCUGUCAUUUUGGAAAAAGCUGCAGCAAAGUUGGAUAUAUGGGGGAAUAAGCUCAUCUCUAUGCCAGGAAGAGUGGUUCUUAUAAAAACAGUGUUUCAAGCUCUUCAUGUCUUCUACUCUUCUUUAUCCAUGGUACCUUUGAGUAUUCUGAAGAAAGUGGACAGAUUAAGCAGAGAUUUUCUAUGGAGUAAAAACGGUGGAAGUAAUGGGAUUCAUUAUAUAGCUUGGAAUGAUGUUUGCAUUCCAGAAAACCAAGGAGAACUGGGUAUCCUAGCAGCUACAGAUUCAGUUGAACCACUCAAAGCAAAGCUUGCCUGGAACUUCUUAAAGAAGCCUCAUUCUUUAUUGAACAAGUCCUUAUCCAUUAAGUAUGGAAGAAAGGUCUGGGAUGUGGAAAGAAGACCAAAUUCAUCGCCAUCUUGGAGAUUAAUUUUCAGUGGAGCUAAAAUGCUAAGACACAUUGUGAAAUGGUGUAUUAAAGAUGGAUCUUCUAUUAAUAUCAUGAAAGAUAAUUGGAUUAUGGAUAGAAACUUGGAGAGGUGGCCAACAUUCAUUACAAUAGGAGAUGACAACUUGCCUAACCUUUAUGAAUUUAUUUCAGAAGGAGAGUGGAUUACUGACAAAUUAAAAUGUUUCUUUGGAGAGGAGCUAGUGAUGGUGAUUUGCAAUAUUAAAAUUGAUCUAGACAGAGAUGAAGACGAGUUGGAAUUGCUGAAAAACUUCUCCGAGAAGACAAUUUCUGCUAUGGCUAGAGAAAGGAAGUUAAUUCUGGAAGAUAAUAAUCUAUCUUUUAUUCAGCAUUGGAAGGAUAUUAAAAAGCUUAAACUAAAUCCCAGGAUUGCAUUUAUUUGGUGGAGGAUGUUGAAGAAUGCAAUUCCCUCUUGUGAUUUUUUAAUGCAUAGAAGAUUAUUGAAUAAUAAUCUUUGUCCUAGAGGCUGCGAUAUGAUUGAAGAUGGUGAGCAUGUGGCGGAACAAACUUAUCAUGAAGGUUGUGAAAUGGGAGCUGAGUUUAUUUUGUCAAAUGCCAUUACUCAUACAGCCGUUUCAUCUAAUGAUCCAUACACGGACCACUGGGGUGCUAACCAGCUUCUUAAGCUGAAUUCUUCCUUUUGGCAUCCCCCUCUACCCGGUUGGAUUAAGGUGAAUAUUGAUGCCUCUCUUCUUCCUUCUAACAAAGCAGGAAUAGGAGGAAUAUUCAGAGAUAACAAAGGAAGAAUGCUUAUAUCCUUUAGAUUCUUAGUGAUUCAUUGGGACAUUGGUUUUCUGGAAUUAUUGGCCUUCCGCUUGUUGAGAGAUGUUAUGAAAGAAGAGAUGAUGGAUGCUAGAGGUCUUAUUAUAGAGAGCGACAGUUCUAAUGUCAUUAGCUAUCUACAUAGAUCAAUUGCUAAAAAAGGAUUGGUUAUGUCUUCAGAUGAAGAUUUUGAUUUUCUUAAAAGGUUUGAGUCAUCUCCUAAGCAAUCAUUGAAAUGCUUUAAGGAGAGACAGAAGGGAAUUUGGAGGGACUUUGGGCUCUUGGAGCGUAGAACCGGGUUCCACUUGUGA